CACGCGGUGUCUGCAGAACUGCGUGACGCGCAGGAGCCAUUUUGGAUCAUUUGUUUGGCGAGGAGCUCCGCUACUCUUUACUCAAACAGGAAUUGAAGGCCGGAGACGUCAAAGAACCGAUCAAAAGUCGUUUUGCUCAAUUACUAACAAGUAUGGGUCCGCCAAGAAGCAAAUCUCGUCGCAUAUCUCCCGAAAGAACGGAGGAUUUCUGUUGGUUCGUCACUUUAUCUUGACAUGGCAUGGCUGGCUAGGUUGGUUGUUUGUGACGACUGAAAAAAAAAGCUCGAAAACAAGCGGAGAUACUACCUUGAAGCGUCAGCGGACGAGAAGAUUAAUCUGCUGUCAACUGUUGGCAUAAUUUAAUAUACAAUUGUUACCCCUUGGAAGAGAUGGGACAAAGCUAGUUAGCUAGUUGACAUGGUUUUUAACUAGUUAAACAAUGUGGCUUCAAUUUAGACUCCUCAAAAUGGUGACGAGCAACAAUAGUUAGCUAGGUGGCUAGAAAGCUUCGAAAGAUCCGGGUAUUCGCUGUAGUAAACUAAGCCUUCUGUUAAAUCGAGUGAAAAAUGUAAAGAGGCACAUUUACAAGCUCUUAAGCAAAGACAGGGGCCUGUUAUUACAUCGGUAAGUCCAAAUUAAAAUGUAGCUAGCUGGUGGUGAAGUGUAUAGCUGCGUUGCCUAGCUAGCUAGCACAAGUUGGCUAGCUGGCCGACCAUCAAUAGCUCUCACCAUGAGGAAUGUUAUCGACAAUGGCGUUGAAGACCGUGGGCCAGUUUUAUGGCUGUAAAUAUCGACAUGUCAACCUACUCUGGUAACUUCUGUGUUUUACCUGGUGCCAACUUGCCCUGGCAUCCACAUGUGUCUGCCAUGGUCGUCAGUACCCCCUGCCAUUCGAAGAGCCGUUGCUGAAGUAGUGCUUACAAAUAGAAAUUACAAACAAUAAAAAUAUCAAUUAUGAACGAAGCUCUUGGUAAUAACAAAAGAGUAGUUCUCUCUGCUCGGUCGUUUGUGUAGGCUUCUAUUUCACAGUUUAAAAGCCCGUAUCGGCAUGGGUUUCGGAAGUAAUGAGAACUCUCAUUUUUGUUGUCGGUUAACGUUACAUUUGCAGCGACAAAAGUCACCGUAAUUGUUUUGCUUUCUGUUGAAAUUGAUUUAUACCCUGUGUAGACGCGAGUAGCAGGACGUUUCCUUUGGCCUUAACUUGAAUGCCCAGCUUUUACCAAUAUGAUCUCUUGAGAAAUCUAGACUGAUACUGCUAAUGUAGGCCUCGGCGCAACUAAAUUUAUCAGCGGUCGCACUUUUUCCCAUUUUUUCUAAAAUGACUUAGCUUGGUUUUGUUGUUUUUUUCCCUUCCUAUUAGAAGUAGUAUGUAAUCCAAACAGUGUAGAGACCUUUACUUUCUCUUCUGUCUGAAAAAGGGGUAACCUUAGCUCUGCGCUGGUAAAUAGUACAAAAUAACAACAACAACAAAAAAAUAGAUUCUUUUUAAAAAAUUUAAAAAAAGUUAAACGAUUGUCAUCAACCAUGGGGGACGCGACAUCCCGAAGAAACCAAAUGAGAAAUCGACUCCGUGCUCAGCUUCGAAAGAAACGAGAGUCCCUGGCCGACCAGUUCGACUUCAAGAUCUACAUCGCCUUCGUGUUCAAAGAAAAGAAAAAGAAGUCUGCACUUUUCGAGGUGGCAGAGGUGCUUCCUGUCAUGACCAACAACUACGAGGAGAACAUCCUGAAAGGCGUGCAGGAGUCCAACUACUCCUUGGAGAGUUCUAUUGAGCUGCUGCAGAAGGACAUAGUGCAACUGCACGCUCCUCGCUACCAGUCCAUGCGCAGGGACGUCAUUGGGUGCACCCAGGAGAUGGACUUCAUCCUCUGGCCCCGCAAUGAUAUAGAGAAGAUAGUGUGCCUCCUGUUCUCCCGCUGGAAGGGGGCCGACCACGAGCCCUUUCGGCCUGUUCAGGCCAAGUUUGAAUUUCAUCAUGGAGACUACGAGAAACAGUUCUUGCAUGCUGUUGGCCGCAAGGACAAAGCUGGGAUGGUUAUGAACAACCCCAAUCAAUCCGUGUUUCUCUUUAUGGACAAACAGCACUUACAGACUCCAAAGACCAAGGCCACAGUCUUCAAGGUGUGCAGCAUCUGUCUGUACCUGCCGCAAGACCAGCUGACGUGCUGGGGCGUGGGCGACGUGGAGGACCACCUGCGUCCCUACAUGCCAGACUAGCUCUCCGCCCGUGCCCCCCAGCAAGCGCACCCCCCUGCCCCACCCCACCCCUCCCCUCCCCUCCCCAGCCCCACCAAAGCAAGUUGCCCUCAUCGUUAAUGUUCCUCUAUUGAAUAGAAUUGAACUUGUGCUUGGAACUCUCCUUUUUUUCUUUUUUUUUUGUGUUUACCACUCAUCCUC